AUGGCACAGCAGGGAGGCACAUAUCGCAUAUCGCCAGAGCAGAAGUCGUCCGUCAAGGAGAGAUUGAGAUCCGACACUCCAGCGCAGAGUCGAUACGAAGAGAAGAAGGAAGGCGAAGAGGACUGGGAGAUUGUCCAGAACCCCAAAGAUGAACAGCCAGAGCGACAGAUCCGAGGCUUCCAUAGCAGUUUUGACUUGAAGCUUGGUUGGGGCAAGUGGAAGUUUAGUGCUCUGAGCUGGGAAAUGAAUGCUGGGAGGCAGGAGUGUGAUCACCACCAGAGGCAGGAUACCGGCCGGGAUUCGAUCACAGAUGGAGAAAAGGGGGAGGAUGGUGCGAAGCGAUGA